AUACAAGCAACCUUGCACGACCCUUCUUUUGCUGCUUUCUCAGAAGCUCAGAAUCUCAAGCUCUGGAACUGGAAUCACCACUGCCACUUCAGAUUUCAAAGUCAUGAGCCUUGAAACUUGAAGUCGAGGUACCAGAAUUAUCUCUCUUCUCCACUGGGGUGCUCCUCUCAGAGCUCUACCACAAUACUAUUUUUUGCGGCAUGGCAGAAGAUCUGCUAUGUUGUGCGCGUCUGAGGGCUGGCAGCCUGCGGCCCACCACUGCCUGCACCUUUGCAGGGACCAAGUUGCGGCGAUGCAGCCAACAAGCUGUCUCUUCAGUACGUGUGAAUCAUUGGGCCCAAACCCCAGCACCACCAACUAGAGUGCGCAGUGCAGCAUUUCGGAUAGAAACUUCUUCCUCUUUUAAUCUUUGCAGUCCCAGUGCUUCAGUGCAAAGGUUAGCGGGUUGCAGUCUUGGUGACAGAAGCAUUAUAAAACCGAGAAGGGUCACGUCUCAAGCCUUGGGAGUGGAGGGAGAGUCAAAUCAGCCGCAAUCGGAUGGUGGUAGUAAGUCUUCUGCAGCCCCGAGCAGCUUGCAGAUUGGCAACCCAAUUGUAAUUAUAGAAGCUCCACCAUUUGUCAAGUCGGCUGAACCCAUGCCGAUGUUGCGGGAGAACAAGGGCCAGAUCAAAGAGGGAGAUGUUGGAAGGAUCAUGGAUAGACGGCCGAAGGGAGUAUGGGCAAUUCGCUUCACGAAUGGGGCUUUCUUGGUUGACCGGAAGUACUUCAAGGAACUGGGCAUGCAAUAACGGAUGAAUUUGCACGAUUGGUAAACAUUCAACGAAUUCUGGACAAAUGUGGUGUUUGCUGCUGGUCACCAUCUGAUUUCAGAAAGUUGUCACUGCCUUCAAUAAUUUGGGUCUUGUACAGGAAAGUCUAUGCUCGG